AUGAAGAAAAUUAAGAAUGAAGACAUUAGAAAAAUAAAAAGAAAAAAAGCAAAAUAAAGGAGAUAAAAUGAAAAAAAGAAAGAAAAAUGGUAUAAUCCGAAAUAUAACACAUACAUAUAUAUUUCAGGAUUACCAAAAAAUAUUACUAUUGAAAAAUUGGAUUAAUUCUUUUCCAGAGCCGGAGUCAUAAGAAAAGAUCAUGUAUCAUUAGAAAAGAAAAUUAAAAUUUAUAAGGAUAAAGAUGGUAGUCCUAAAGGAGAUGCUGCUAUUAGUUAUACAAUGAUUGAAAGUAUUGAUUUGGCUAUUACUAUGCUUGAUUAAAGAGAAAUUGAACCAGGGUAUAUUAUUAAAGUUGAAAAAGCCUAGUUUAAUUAACAUGGAGAAUAAUAUAAGAAAAGAUUGGGAGAAAAAUAAAAUAAUUGUGAUAAAGUCAAAAAACUUUAAAAUUAAGCGGAAAUCAAAUAAUAGUUGGGAUGGGAAGAUGAAGAUUAAAUAGAUACCGGAUUAAAAAUUGUUACUAUUAAAAAUUUAUUUAAUCCAAAUUAGGAAAAAAGUGAUACUUUCUAUGAAGACCUACAAAGUGAAGUUAUUUAGGAAAUCUAAAAUUCUGUUGGACCUGUUUAAAGGUUCAAAAUUUUCGAAAAUAACCCUGAAGGAGUGGUAUAAAUUAAAUUUAAGAACAGUUAGAUUGCUUAGAAAUGUAUUGAAAUUAUGAAUGGAAGGUUUUUUGAUGAAAAGCAAUUGAUAUGUGAAUAUUGGGAUGGUGUUACUGAUUAUAAAACUGAUAAGAAUGAAAUAGAAGAUGAGGAUUAAAGACUUGAUGAUUUUGGUAAAUGGAUUGUAGAAAAAAAUAAAGAAUAAUUGUGA